AUGGCUAAACAAGGUCAAGAAGCUAUGAAGAAAGCUCUUCAAAAUGCUCGUGGAGCGGGUCUUGGAAUCGGACUUGUUGCUGCUGCGGGAGCUGCCGUAUAUGGUCUUUCGCAAGCCAUGUUUACUGUUGAGGCUGGUCAUCGUGCUAUCAUGUUUAACCGAAUUGGUGGAUUAUCCAAUGACGUGUACAAGGAGGGACUUCAUUUCCGAAUCCCAUGGUUCCAAUAUCCAAUCAUCUACGAUAUUCGUGCAAGACCAAAUCAAGUUCGCUCUCCAACCGGAUCGAAGGAUUUGCAAAUGGUUAAUAUCGGACUACGUGUUCUAUCCAGACCAAACCCAGAGCAGCUUACAAAGAUUUAUCGAAAUCUUGGACAGAAUUGGGAAGAGCGAGUUCUUCCUUCUAUCUGUAAUGAAGUUCUCAAAGGAGUUGUUGCCAAGUUCAACGCUUCUCAACUUAUCACACAGCGUCAGCAGGUCUCCAUGCUUGUUAGAAAAACGCUAAUCGAACGUGCUCUCGACUUCAACAUUAUUCUUGAUGACGUUUCCAUCACUGAAUUGGCUUUCUCACCACAGUACUCUGCUGCUGUCGAAGCGAAACAAGUUGCUGCACAAGAAGCUCAGCGGGCUUCGUUCUUUGUCGAGAGAGCUAAGCAGCAAAAACAGGAGAAGAUUGUCCAAGCUGAAGGAGAAGCCGAGUCAGCAAAAUUGCUCGGAGAAGCCAUGAAGAAUGAUCCAGGAUUUUUGAAAUUGCGAAAGAUUCGAGCUGCUCAGAAAAUUGCCCGAAUUGUUUCAGAAUCUGGAAAUAAGACCUACUUGCCAUCUGGCGGUUUGAUGCUUAACAUUGCUGAUAGCGACUACUUGAAUGUCAACGACAAGAGACGCUAA